AGUCGCGUCUGUCGCUUCCUUGCGCCGUGUUCGGCAGGCCCAUUUCAGCACGACUUGAAAUAUAUAUUGUUAGCCGGCCAGCGAACAGCAACAACACAAAAACGGUGCAGCUUCUGAAGUCAGGGCGCGUUCAUAUUCUCAGUAAGCGUAGAGGCGUGGUGCUGUGAGGCAUCUCUCUAUAUAUAUAUACGUAGAGCAGUGCGCUAUCGCCGUUGCAACAAAAAAGAGAGAGCAAACUUAGAUCUGUUUAAAUAUAUACUCGUACUUUUGCUGGACUUUACAGGUCAGACGGAAAAUAACAUCAACAAAUUAUCAAACGCAAAGGCGACGAUCAGAGCCACUUUGGGGCAAAUGUGUUGUGUGUGCGCUGCGCCAAACACGCUUUCUUACGUUAAUCUUUACGUGCGCUACACAAACGGGGCCACCGCAUUGACGGAACAACCGCACCCUUGUCAACUCCUUCUCCGUUGUAGUGGUGUUUCUCGGUUUGUUUUCAGUCCACCGUCGGAAAAAUGCCUCUCUGGGGCCUCAGCACAGCGAAACGUGCCGCCGUGGAGUUGGGCUCGGACGAUGAUCGGGUGAGUGCGAGCACCAGCAGCCGCUCUAGCUCCUACUCCCCCACACCCGCUUCGAAGCCUUCCAUCGCGUCCCCACCUCCUUCGCUGGAAUCACCACCUAACCGCGUACCGGCCACGGCGGCACCGGCGCAUCGUUGCUCCUCUGGCGCUGCCGUCGUCACCAGCUCUCGCGGAUUCACCUCCGGGGCUGCCGCACGCGCAGCAAAAAUCCCGAUGAUGCUGGGCGUUGGCACGCCUCAGCGGCUAACCGUGCAGGCAGUUCACCAGCGAGCGAUGAGCCUCCAGCAGCUGCAGCAUCGCAGCAGCGUGUGCUCCUCCGUCAAUGACCCGGCCCUAAAUACACCGCGCGCACAGUCGCCCGGCAGCAGUCGCGGCGGCUCCUUCGCCUUCACACCGCAGGUGCUGGAAACGCACAACACGAUGAACAUCCUCGUGCUGGGAGCCCCGCAAGUCGGCAAGUCGCUCUUCAUCAACACCUACCGAGCCGCCGUGACGAACACGACGCGGUGGCCGGCCGCUCCUGUGGGCAUCUCCGGUUUCUACGGUACGACCACCGUGGAGCCCUUCCCCAAUCACCCUCGGGAACCAACGUGGCUCUGCAUCGAUACCCCUGGCCGGCUGUACACGGCCGAAAGUGAGGUGAUUCUCGAGAAGCUGACGGAGGGGAUGCCGUGGAAAACGAAGCUGCUCGGUCCCAAAGCCCUUACGUUGAGCGCGGUGGCUGACUUGACGCCAAUCGCAGCGAACAAGGCGCAUCAGUGCGUCAUUGUUAUUCCCGCCACUGACCUCAUCGAAGAUGAAGGAUGGAUGAGUGUGCUGCUGUGGCGCAAUCGCUAUCGACCUACCGAUGACGUGGCCGCACGCAUCUUGUACACCAAAAACCUCAUCUCCUCCCUGCGGGCCCUCAUGAACGACGUGUCUCCAUUUGUGGUCGUCACGAAGAUGGACAAGUUUGGCGGAGCAGGCAGCCGUGGGGCGUGCGCGGCGGUCACCUCGGUGCUGAGUCAGUGUGUGCCGGUCAACCGCAUCUACUUCGCCGCCGCGGUGGAGAACCGCGCGUUGCUGGCAAGCGGACGGGCAAUGGUGCUCGAACGAAGCACCAAGCAGAAUCUUGUUCGUCUGCACGAGGACAUUUGCUUAGCCGUACAAUGGGGUCACCAAAUACAAAUCAUGUAG